AUGGCCGUUCGAAAGUGGAUAUUUUUCAUAUUUUCGUUGGUUUUUACCUCGAUCAUCGCAGAGGAAGAUCCUUUAUGGCAUCAACUUCUGAAAGACUCUGUUGUGAUGGAUGAAGAACGUGAGUGAAGUGUUGAUAUUUUUUCUAAGUAUAUACCCCAAUCACACAGAAAACAUUUUGGAGCUUUAAUGUUUGAAACGACGAUAUCAGUUUCUUGUUUUCAUAAGCCCUCUUUAGCUUCCCUGGCUAUGGCAGUAUCUACAAGUUUUGAAUUUUUUUACUUUCUGUUGUUAAUUGCUGCAGUGGAUUAAAUCUAAUAAUUCUCACCAACCCGGUUUACCGAUGAUUCACUUUAACCCUGGGUUAAGUGGCCAAAUUUAAAACCACUUGAAAUUUAUUUGGCUACGAACGUGUCACCGGAGCUUUCUUCUGUUAUAAGAAAUUACGUCGAGAGAUACAGUUAUCCUAAUGCUGUCCGGGCCAAACUACAAAAGUCCAAACCAGUAUAUUGAAAAAAUGAGUAAAACCUUAGAGUCGUAUUCUCUUUGUUCAAAGUUAAUAAUAUUAAUUGAACUGGAUUAUCGUGGAGAAGCUUAAUUUCUGUUAAUUUACACUGCUAAUUAGUCAAAACUUCUUAGAUUCGAAACAUCUACACUAUCUUUUCUUAGCCUGGGAAGAUUAUACCCCAUAUUGGUGUUCCAAGACGAAAGGUUUAUCAAAACCUUUGGCUGACUCUGUGAAAUCGUCCGAGGCUUGCAUUGCUUUGUGUCUUAAGUCAAAUCCCAACUGCAAAGCCGUAGAAUGGUGGGAAAACGAUGGCCAAGACUGCUUUGAAUGUAUAAGGCCAUCUUUGAAGACUAAAUUUACUGACACCACUGACGGAGGGUAUCCACCGCACGUGCUUGUCAAACCAGAGAAACUUGCAGGUGAGUUGAAAUCUUUUGCUGGAAAAGUGCUUGAAGUCAAAAUUGGUUUAAUAGUACCAUGGGAAAGUACUGCUCAAGAGGUUUCAUUUGACUGGUCACACCACAGGAUUUUAUCCACAGACUUAAAAGUUAGAACUACAUACUAAACAAAUAGUAUCAUGUGAAACUACUGCUGAAGAGGUUUCAUUUGAAUGGUAACACCAUAGGAUUUCAUCCGCAGACUCAAAAGUUAGAGCUACAUACUAAAUAAAUAGUACCAUUUUAAAGUACUGCUGAAGAGCUUUCAUUUUAAUGGUCACACCAUAGGAUUUCAUCCACAGACUCAAAAGUUAGAGCUACAUACUAAAUAAAUAGUACUAUGUUAAGUACCACUGUUAAUUUCACUGGUCAUACCAUACUGGUUCGUCCUUUAAAUUUUCUUUUAGUUCCAACAAACUUACAUUUAUAUGUUCACUGUACACAUCAUGUUCGGAUAUUUGGUAAAUGUAUGUGUAGCAGCUGUAGACUCAUUGCCUCGGAGAUUUGAACAAUGCAGUGGCGUUAAAGCCCUGAUCAGGAAUUGCACUUUUAUUUCAGCUCCUACCAAAUGUGACCCUAACCCUUGCAUGAACGGUGCAACUUGCAGACCCGCUCCUCAAUCUCUUGUUGGAUAUAAAUGUACUUGCUCACCUGGCUACGAAGGAGUUAAUUGCGAGGACGGUAAGACUGAGUAAUGCUAAAUUUAUUUGUUUGAUCAGGUUACUGUAAUAAGCUAGAUUCUGACCUAAGUUCUUGGCUAAGAUCCUUAUCUACAAUAUAGAGAAACUGACUAUAUGUGUGUUUAGAGACGCCUUCCUCCCGUGCGUUGCAUUUUGUCCUUACUAUCAGAGCUUCCAUGCUGUAUUGCACUGUUUAGAAAACGACUUUUUGCCGUUUACGCCCUUAGUAAAAUUAAAACUGAGAUGUCUCGAAAAAAUUAAUAUUCUAGGAUUCUAGUAGAUUACCUUUCAUAGUCUUUUGAAAAGUUAGGAUAAGAUUUGUAAUAAUUUAGUUGCAAUAUUUUGCUGUUGUUUCAAAGGUGUUACCCUUGGUUGAAAUAUUAUUCAAAUGUUUUAAUUUUGUAUUUUGUUUUUUUGUUUUCUAUUUCUUAUUCUUUUUUCUCUUUCUUUUUUAGACGUAGAUGAGUGUGCCAAAGACAACGGUGGGUGUUCACACAAAUGCAAAAAUACCGCAGGUAGCUUCGUCUGUUCAUGCCCUGAUCCGGAGCUGAAUUUGGCACCCAAUCGUCGUACGUGCGUCGGUAAGAAAACAUAUUUUUUGGAACUUUUUUACAAACAAAAUAAAGGAAAGGAAAAAAUGAGGACGAAAACCAAAAAGUUAGUGAGAAAAUUUAACGUUCCAGUCAACUUAAUAAAAUAAAAGCGAGACAUUUACAUGUUUAAAGCUAGCAGGUCUUAAUUAACUCCAACCUCAAUUUCAUUUAAAUCAUCCAAAUUAUUGAUGCAUUUUCUGUGGAAAAAUAAAUGUUUUCCCUUUCGCAAAUGUUUUCGACCAACAGCGGACUUCAGAGCUUUUUAAACGUUCAUGGAAGUUCUUAAAUUCUUUUGCUUCUAUAAGGAACUAAGAAAUCUUAAAGUGAGGUUAUUAAGUCCAUUAAAAUAAAUUACCUCUUUAAAAGAUUUAACCUAAGCAAAAACAAAAUUUGUCCUUUCAGCUUCUGGUGUUUCUGUAAAAUGUCAUCAAAAUAACAUGUCCAUCACCCUGCCUAAAGCUCUUCUUCUCGGCUUAAAUCGUGAACAUGUCACCCUGCGAGAUGUGAAGUGUGUUGCCACGGAAACAAGGACACACUUCACUCUUACGACUACAUUGACCGGCUGCGGUACAACCGCCAAACACAGAAGAGGUUUUGUGGUUUAUAGCAACACAGUCUUGGAGAUCCCAGUCGCAGAUGACGCCAUUAUAACGAGAGUUCGUGAGAUCGAGAUACCCUUCAGCUGUUUCUACAAAAACUCGGGUGAUGCUACUGCUGUUGGAGUUAAACCUGACACCAGGAAGUUGGUUUUUGAUGAGGAUGGAAAAGGAAACUUCACAGUUGCUUUGGAUAUGUUUCCAGAUAAAAGGUCUGUUCAUAACCUGUUUUACAUACGAUUUACCUCAACAUUUGAGCUUAUCCACGUUUCAUUUUCGUCACCUUAAAACUGGAUGAAACAUUGCAGAAGUUUGGGCUCAAUUUAAUUGUAUCCUAAAUGUGUUUUAGUCCAUUAUGGAGUUUCUUGGGAAAAAAUAAAAAAAUCAGGGCUUUUCAGUUAUAUUUCAUUACUACUUGAAAAUCAUUUGUUGUUGUUAGUUUUCUAUUUGUCAAUGUUGAUCUUUAGCUUCGAGGCAGCUUAUACCCAGAGUGAUUAUCCUGUGGAAGUUAAGUUGAGACAGUACCUCUUCUUCCAAGCAUCUGUGAAAACCAAGGACAAAACUCUGUCAGUUUUGGCUGAGAACUGUUACGCUACACCCUCCCAGGACAGACAACAUGAUGACAAAUAUCAUCUCGUCAAGAAUGGGUAAUUUAAAAAAAGACUUUUACCGCUUAAUGAGAUUAGAUUUCGGAAAUAGUUUUCAAACAGCUUAGUAACUAAAUGAUAUAUGAAAUGAAUGAUAUAGGAAAAGACUAAUUUUUACUUUUCACCUAGUGGUUAUUUCUCAUUACGAACAGUUUUUUCAUUUUUCGAAAUGUGUACACUUCACAAUCGCAUCAAGACUUUUUAACACCUCAGCUGGAACUGUGGAUUGUUUUAAAUAACAUUGUGAUUUUUUUACGAAAAGCAUUUCAGGUUAAUGUUUUUGUGUUGGAGGAGUAAAAACAAUAAAGAUUCUGGGACGAAACUACAAAUUUGCUCUUAAAUGCUGAAUCUCGUGUUUUUUAAGUUUUCUUGUAUUCCAGUCCAAGAACACAAUAAUGUCAUUAGAAACUUCAACUUGUGAUCUUUCAAUAUCUUGCUUCAAUUUUUUUCCUUUUCAUAAAGAACCAUAUUAUAGCAUACUAAUAAUCGUUGAUAGUAAUUGCUGACUAUGACAUUUUUUAUCUUUCAGUUGCCCAGUUGAUGAAACAACCAUCACCAUACAAUCGCAAAAAGUGGGUGUGGAUCGUUUCAGUACUGAAGCGUUUAAGUUCAUUGCUGAUCACCCAUUCGUGUUUGUCCACUGUCAAAUAAGGAUAUGUGACGCAAGUAACCCUGGAUCAAGAUGUGCACAGGGAUGUAUCAAGGAAGGCAGAUUAAGACGUGACGUUAGCGAUGAAGACAAAUUAUACCCACUGGCACAGGGACCCCUCACAAUUACAAGUGACGCAACAGAAAUGAAAUCAAGAAAAAGAUCAAAUAAAAAAGGUACAUGUUCCUUUGAUACAAUCAUUCACAAUUUUAGAUAGUAAGAGGAAAGUGUCUGUCUCUGAUCUACAUUUCGUGAUUCAGAGAAAAGUAAAUCCGAUUAAGAAGAGUAAGGAUGUGCUUAGUUUAUAAGCAGCUUACUUCAAGUACCUUCAGAUUUUCUCACGAACGAAGUUUGGCCAAGAUCAUUAUGUUUGCCCAGACUACUUACUAACUGCUUUCGGCUCUUAUUUUUACCCCAUUAAUCCAAUAAAGCUUCAACCUCCAAAACGCUAAAGAAUUUCAAUUUUAGAAUUUCAAUAUUUCGCAGAGAUCUCAACCAAUAAAGGAAAUACGUAUUCCACCGAUAAAAUACUCCUUCAGCAUAUGUAAUUUUACAGACACGACUUCAAGUUUUUACACUUAAGCAGUUAACUUCUUAUCGACAUUGUUGACUUGAUAUCUAACGAAAAAUUUUUUGUUUAACAUUUCAGAUAUGACUGUACCAGCUCUGGUUACCAUGGGAAUACUAUCAGCGCUUUGCCUGAUGGGAAUGGCUUACUUGUCUCGCAAGAAUACAAGCAAGGCCACCGCCUACACUAUUGUUCCAGAAAGCUGCGACGAAUAA